UGGAACAUUUUUAUAGUACUCUUCAGUCUUAGUCAGCAGAGUGGAAGCAGGGAGUACGUGAUCAUGAACAUGUGGAGCACGGCAGCAGCACUUCUUUUACUUCUACACGUUGUGUUGUGUCAGAGCAGCAUCAGAUGGUGCACCAUCUCAGACGCAGAACAGAAGAAAUGUGAGGACAUGUCGUUCGCUUUUGCCGAAACCUCCAUCCGGCCGUCCCUCAGCUGUGUCCAUGGAGCCACGGUGGAAGUGUGUGUGCAGAAACUGCAGAGAAAGGAAGCAGAUGCACUGUCCAUGUUCGCUCCGGACAUCUACAACCUGGGGAAGAGCGCUUCGUUCAAGAUAGCUGCCAGUGAAUCAAAGGCUGAUCGUACCGGAGCUUCCUACUUUGCAGUCGCCGUCGUGAAAAAGGCCAAUUCUUUCAUCAACAUCAAUAACCUGGCGGGGAAAAAGAGCUGCCACACUGGGAAAGGACGCACAGCCGGCUGGAAUAUGCCCAUCGGUUACUUCAUCGACCAGGGCUACAUGUCUGCUAUGGGCUGCAACAUCUCGCAAGGUGUGGCACAGUUUUUCAGUGCCAGCUGUGUUCCUGGAGCAAAUGAGGCCGGUGACCCCGCCUCUCUGUGUCAGCUGUGUAUUGGCGAUGGACAAGGACAACACAAAUGCGAGAAGAGCAUCAAUGAGAAAUAUUACAGCUAUGAAGGAGCUUUCAGGUGUAUGGCUGAAGGUGCAGGAGACGUUGCCUUCAUCAAACACACAACAGUUGAAGAGAAUACAGAUGGUAAAGGCCCCCCCAGCUGGGCAGCAAAACUCAUUUCAUCAGACUAUGAGCUGUUGUGUCGUGACGGCAGAAGACUUCCUGUCAAUCAGUGGCAAACGUGCAAUCUGGUCCGUGUCCCAUUCCGAGCCAUUGUGGUUGGCGAUCACAUCACUCCCUCUGUGGUGUUGAACAUGCUGACUGAAGGACUGGAGAAGUCUGGAUUCAACAUGUUUUCCUCCAAGCCUUAUGGAGACGGAACGUUACUCUUCUCUGAAUCCUCCGUCAUGUUUCAGAGCGCUGAGUAUGACGACCCUAAGAAGUGGAUGGGUCGAUUUUAUUACAGUGCCAUGAGCGCUAUGGACUGUAAAAUUCCAGAAAGUACCCUGCGGUGGUGUGUGCUGUCCAGUGGCGAGCAGAAUAAAUGUGCUGACAUGGGCACUGCCUUUCAAAGCAAAGGUCUGACUCCAGUCAUCAAUUGUAUCUACGGGGACUCUGUAACGGACUGCAUGAAGAAAAUAAAGGACAACGAGGCUGACGCCGUCACUCUGGACGGGGGUUAUAUCUACACAGCUGGCAAAGAAUAUGGCUUGGUGCCCGCAACUGGAGAGAGCUAUACGGCGGAUCGGGAUGGAGCCAUAUACUAUGCAGUGGCUGUGGUGAAAAAGAGUAGCUCUGAUAUCAGGAGCCUUGACAACCUGAAAGGUCGGCGCUCGUGUCACACGGGAUUUGGCCGCACAGCUGGUUGGAAUAUUCCUGUAUCCACCCUGAUAGAGAAAGGCUUGAUCAGCCCUCAACAAUGUCAAAUAGCCCAAGCUGUGGGUGGAUUCUUCAAGGAUAGCUGCGUACCGGGUGCUAAUCAACUUGGAUUCCCCAGCAAUUUGUGUAGUUUAUGUGCGGGAGAUGGAUCGGGGAAGAACAAAUGUGAGAAGGGAAGGGACCUUUACGAUGGAUACGACGGUGCCUUCAGGUGUCUGGCAACGGGAGAUGGAGAUGUGGCUUUCAUCAAGCAUUCUACCGUCUUCCAAAAUACUGAUGGUAACUCCACUGAAUCCUGGACCACGGAUCUCCUGUCCAAAGACUUUCAGCUGCUCUGCCCCCAUGGCACCAAAGCCGAGGUCACUCAGUACAGAUACUGCAAUCUGGCUCGUGUACCCUCCCAUGCUGUGAUGGUGAGACCAGACACCAACAUCCAUGCCAUCUAUGGAUUCCUGGACCGUGCACAGGCAUAUUUCAGCAAUGACUUGGGUGCAGAGUUCAGGAUGUUCGACUCACAGGCAUACAAGGGUACUGAUCUUAUCUUCAAAGACUCCACGGUGCGUCUUGUGGGUGUGGGGGACAAAAAGACCUACCAGGAAUGGCUGGGCCAAGAAUACAUGGACUCACUUGAGGACAUGGAGUGUAAUUCGUCAUUUUCAGUCAUUUCCUCGCUGUGGUUGGUGGUCUUAGCGCUGCUGUGCUCCGUGAUGACGACCAUCUGACGUCAACAACGCCAUUCACAGCCACUCCCCUCUUCCUGUUAGCUUUACACAAUUCUUACCCCAUUUGGUUAAAUACUCAUAUUGACAUACUCUCAUUGUUUAUGAUGGCACAAGUACACUCUGCAGUUACUGCAGAAAUAACAUGACAACACACAGUCAUUUGUUUACAGAAGGUGAGCUGCCAUGUCAGAGAAUAUGUACUCACUAGUUACCUGAGGCUUUGCUGUCCCUGUAAUUAUGGAUUUACACAAUCAUAUUUUUUCAUAUCAUACUUAUCUGUACUUCCUGCUGCUUACCCAUGUUUUCAGUUUGCAAUAUUAAUUUGAUAUGUAUUUUCUCAAGAGAUUUAUUUUUAUAUGAUGCUCAGAUGCCAUAUCAGUGUAUAUGUACUGACUCAUAUUGUCGGAAACGAGUGUGUUCUCGUUCCUUCAAAUGGAGAUUUUUAUUUCAAUGUGAAAUGAUGAACCAUGUAACUAAUAUUUAGUU